AUGCCGCCUGCGCCGCGGCUGCUGCCGUUGCUGGCGCUGGGGCUGGGGUCGUGGCUGGGGGGGCGAGCGGCCGGCGGAGGGGGCUGCCAAUUGCCGGCCGAGUGGCGACCGCUGAGCGAGGGCUGCCGAGCCGAGCUGGCGGCGAUCAUCGUGUACGCCCGGGUGCUGGCCCUGCACCCCGAUCCCUACGGCGCCUAUAACUACCUGCCCUGGCAGAGGGGACCCCCGGGCGGCUCCCAGCAGGGAGCGGGAGGGGGGCUCUUUUAUUCGGCCGAGAUCGAGCUGCUGUGCGACCAGGCGUGGGGCAGCAUGCUGGAGGUGCCCGCCGGCUCCCGCCUCAACCUCACCGGCCUCGGCUACUUCUCCUGCCACUCGCACACCGUCAUGCAGGGCUACGCUUACUUCUUCUUCCUUCGAAUGGAUGAGAACUACAUCCUCCUGCCACACGGAGUCAACUUCCAGGAGGCGAUCUUCCCGGAUACCCAGGAGAACAGAAGGAUGUUCUCCAGCCUGUUCCAGUUUUCUAACUGCUCACAGGCACAGCAUGUCUUGAGUUUCUCCAGUGACUGGGAGAUUCAAGAGGACAAUCGGCUCAUGUGCUCCUCGGUCCAGAAAGCCCUGUUUGAGGAAGAGGACAGAGUGAAGAAGCUGCAGCAGAAAGUGGCGACGCUGGAGAAGCGCAACAGGCAGCUGAGAGAGCGGGUGAAGAAAGUCAAGAGGUCUCUCCGGCAGGCCAGGAAAAACACCAGGCACAUGGAGCAGAUGAACCGAAAGCUCAAUGAGAAACUUUCCUCUGCAGGUGCUCAAAUCCCUUACAUUAACUCUUUGAAGCAGGAGAACUCCCAUGCUACCUACCUUAAAGUAUAAUGCAAGGGCAAGUGCUCAGGCCAAGGAUGAUGGUGAAUUUUGCCUGCAUGAGAUGAGGAUCUGGCCCCCACGCCUUGCCUACGCUGUGCUUCAAACCUUGCAUGGAAAAUGAGUCUGAAUUGGCUUUAGACACACUGCUAGAUGAACCAGGAAUGCAAAAUGGAUUUGGCUGUGUGUUGAGAGCACGGCCCAAAGCCCAAAGCCAUGUCCUCGCUGUCCUCAGUGGACGCAGGGCCAGACAGCAACAUGUGCUUCUCUGCAUUCACUCCCCUCCACCUCCAUCACCAGUUUUAGGAUGUCUUUGAUGAAAGUGCCAGUUCAGCCCCUUGAAUCAUUGCACUUGGGACAUGAGUUCUUCUUGUCAGCUUAUCUCCACCACAUGGGCUGGGCAAGCAAGGAUGGGGGGAUGUAUGGAGAUGGAUGCCCUGGGAAGGAUGCAGGCAUGUGCUCUGUGCUCCACCAUCACCCCCAAGAUCUCAACCUCCUUCAAGCUUAACUAAAGUCUGCAUCCAGUGUCUGAGCAAAGGCUAUGUCUGGGACAAGGUCAGUUUGGGCCUCUCUUCAAAAUGAAACAUAGAUGUGCUCAAGUUGUCUAAAGAUUGUUUCUAAAUAUCCCUAAGUAUUCUAAAUAAGGUAUCUAAUAUUUUUUAUGUUACCAGGAAGUGCCUUAAAGGUCUCAGUAACUCUCUCCCGUGCCUUUAUCAUUGCCCAGCCAACAGAGUUGGAAACCACAUCAUGUUGGGACAGUCUCUAGGACCUGAUUGAGCUCCUGCAGUCAGGAAUGGACUUAGCCUGACUGUUAGUGGGUAUUGGAUCAGGCCCAGCAGACAAUUUCAGAUCCUGUUUUCAAGCAGGUUUAAUUUACAGUGUAGACAAGGCUUCAAGUUUUGUAAUCACUGUUUGAGGUAUAAUGGAGGUUGCUGGGCAGCCUCACUUAGCUACACUUAGAUACUGUAGAGACCACGUCAAUAUCAACAGGACAUUAAAAAUAAGGUAGUUUAUAUAUGUAUAUAUUUUUAAAUCUUAUAGAAAAUAUUUUUAUUACACAGUUGACAUAGUCUAAUUUCUUAAAAUAUGAAGUAAAUCCCGUUUCUUGGUGACCUUGUUAAAAAAGAGAAGUUAAUGGUGUCCUUUAUUUGACAUUUACACAUUGGCUUCUGCUGAAGAAGCAGAGGUAAAGGCAUCAGUAUCUGUGGCUGAUGAUGUUUUCAACUGUGUUAAUGUCCCAGAGCAUGUCUUGAGUCUUGAUACUCAACCAACCCUCCUUUAUAAAGGGCACUGUAGGGAGAGAAAGGUAGAAGAAGAGCUUUCGUUUUUCUUCCCUUCUCAAAACAGUUUUUCUCACUCCAAGCAUGAGACCCAACCACAAUUAUCUACUUUACACUUUUUGACAGUCUGUCAGGGUUAAACCUGAUUAGUACAAAGUGGGCCGUUCCAGAUACUGUUUUAUACAGAGGUGGAGUCCUCAGAAAUAACUGUGCAAACAGCUUUUCUGCUCUUAGCUCUCUACACUUCUCCAGAUCACUGCAUGGUCUCCAUGCUGGGUCUCAGCUCUCCAAAUCAGAAUGUAUCCAGGCUGCAGCCCAGCUGGACCACACUUUAACUAUCCCUGCACUAGGAAAAGCCCAUAUCAGCUUUCAACCAUGAGCUUCAGUCCAAGUUGAACUCAGAAGUUAAGCCUUGUGUUGGCUUCUAAGAUGCUGUUGAGUUUACUUUCCAGUUUUGCUCCCUUAGGAAAUAGACCUUUCUCUUUUUUUCCCCUUUUAUAACAUUUCCCCUCAAAUAAUAUUGGCACUUCUUAAGAUUCUGACUCCUCCACAAGCUCCACCACUUCCAAAGGCUCUGCCUACUGAAUCAGCACAAUUUGAGUUGUUUUGUGCUGCAGUCAGCAAUGCUCUUUCCUGAGGAUAACUACAGACCUAAGGCUUCCCUAGAAGCCAUCAAGAGAUUUUAAUUCCAAAAAUUCAAAUCCAUAGGAGAGGAACUCAUUCUUUUUGGUUUGUUUCUGGUUUCUAAACCACUGUUUAAAUAAAUGAACUUGUUUUUUUCCUGGUAUAGGUAUUAAAAGCUUAUGUUCUCAUUUUUUUGUUCAUAAAAAUAUUCCCUGUGGUAUUGAUACACCUUCAAUAAAUGUUUGUAUAAAGCUGAGAAAGUAGAGUUCAUGUAGCUACACCUUUGCUGUUCUUCCAAAUGUUCAAAUACAGUGUUGAAAAUCUUUUUCUUUUGGCUGAUAGUUUUGUUUCUGGAUUUAA